AUGUCUACAAACGAAAAAGGUAGUGAACCACGCACGAUAGCUAUUGGUGUAAGUCACGCAUUGAGUAGUGUCGUAAGUAUGAGCGGUGAUCUUCCGUUGACAACAAUGUCUAGCCGAAUGGUGACUAUUGGUCUGUAUGCACUUAGUGUUAUUCUCAUUGCUACUUAUACAGCCAAUCUGUCAUCAUUUCUCACCUUACAACGAUCUUUACCAAUGAUUUCCGGCAUUGAUGAUAUCAAAAAUGGUCGUCUCCCAUUUUCACGUAUUGGGAUUGUCAGUAAUUCAGCAGCUGAUGAUUACUAUUUGCAGAAUGUUUCAACGUUAUAUUAUCCGCUUGCUACCAGUAAAGACAUUUUUACACGCUUGCUUGAUCGCACUAUUGAUGCUGCCAUUACAGAUUCGACAAUACUCGAAUAUGCUAUUAAUCGGGAUUAUUGUGGACAAUUAAUUGUUGUUGGUAUCGGCUUCGCCAAGUCUUCUUUUGGCAUCGCUAUGAGAAAAAAUUGGGAAUAUAAACAGGAUUUUGAUAUGAGCCUUUUGUCUUUUCGUGAAUCAGGUGCAUUUGACAAAUUAGAAAACAAAUGGUUUCAUUUUCAAGAAUGUCGAACAGCACUUUUGUCUUCUAAUGUCAAUAAUGAUUUUGAGACAAUAGAAGAUGGAGAAAUUCCUCUCAACAUUAUGGGUGGACUUUUUCUCACAUUUUUGGCUAUGAGCGUCAUCGCACUUGCACUUCAUGCGUGGCAUUUUCGAAUGGUUAUCGCAGCAAAUAUAAGAAAUGUUGUCAUACGUGUUAGACAAUGUUUGUCAUCGAGAAUCAGAUGA